AUGGUUUCCAUCCCAGAAUACUAUGAAGGCAAGAAUGUCCUCCUCACUGGAGCUACUGGUUUCCUAGGGAAGGUACUUCUGGAAAAGUUGCUGAGGUCUUGUCCUAAGGUGAAUUCAGUGUAUGUUUUGGUGAGACAGAAAGCUGGACAGACACCCCAGGAGCGAGUAGAAGAAGUCAUUAGUUGCAAGCUUUUUGACAGAUUGAGAGGUGAAAAUCCAGAUUUUAGGGAGAAAAUUAUAGCAAUCAACAGUGAACUCACCCAACCUGAACUGGCUCUUAGUGAAGAAGAUAAAGAGGUCAUCAUAGAUUCUACCAAUAUUAUAUUCCACUGUGCAGCUACAGUAAGAUUUAAUGAAAAUUUGAGAGAUGCUGUUCAGUUAAAUGUGAUUGCUACACGACAGCUUAUUCUGCUUGCACAACAGAUGAAGAAUCUGGAAGUGUUCAUGCAUGUAUCAACGGCAUAUGCCUACUGCAAUCGAAAGCAUAUUGAUGAAGUAGUCUAUCCACCCCCUGUGGAUCCCAAGAAGCUGAUUGAUUCUUUAGAGUGGAUGGAUGAUGGCUUAGUAAAUGAUAUCACACCCAAAUUGAUAGGAGACAGACCUAAUACAUACAUAUACACAAAAGCAUUGGCAGAAUAUGUUGUACAGCAAGAAGGAGCAAAGCUAAAUGUGGCGAUUGUAAGGCCAUCAAUUGUUGGUGCCAGUUGGAAAGAACCUUUUCCGGGAUGGAUUGAUAACUUUAAUGGACCAAGUGGUCUUUUUAUUGCGGCAGGGAAAGGAAUUCUUCGAACAAUGCGUGCCUCCAACAAUGCCCUGGCAGAUCUUGUUCCUGUAGAUGUAGUUGUCAACAUGAGUCUUGCGGCAGCCUGGUAUUCCGGAGUAAAUAGACCAAGAAACAUCAUGGUGUAUAACUGUACAACUGGAAGCACUAAUCCCUUCCACUGGGGUGAAGUUGAAUACCAUGUAAUUUCCACUUUCAAGAGGAAUCCUCUCGAACAGGCCUUCAGACGGCCCAAUGUAAAUCUAACCUCCAAUCACCUUUUAUAUCAUUACUGGAUUGCUGUAAGCCAUAAGGCCCCAGCACUCCUGUAUGAUACCUACCUCAGGAUGACUGGAAGAAGCCCAAGGAUGAUGAAAACAAUAACUCGUCUUCACAAAGCUAUGGUGUUUCUUGAAUAUUUCACAAGUAAUUCUUGGGUUUGGAAUACUGACAAUGUCAAUAUGUUAAUGAAUCAACUGAACCCUGAAGAUAAAAAGACUUUUAAUAUUGAUGUACGGCAGUUACAUUGGGCAGAAUAUAUAGAGAACUACUGUAUGGGAACUAAGAAAUAUGUACUGAAUGAAGAAAUGUCUGGCCUUCCUGCAGCUAGAAAACAUCUGAACAAGUUGAGGAACAUACGUUACGGUUUCAAUACUAUCCUUGUGAUCCUGAUUUGGCGCAUUUUUAUUGCAAGAUCACAAAUGGCAAGAAACAUCUGGUACUUUGUGGUUAGUCUGUGUUACAAGUUUCUGUCUUACUUCCGAGCAUCCAGCACUAUGAGAUACUGA